UUUCAAGAUCUUCUUUGCUCCCAAACCCCUUUAUAUACAUAAAAUUCACUUCAUGCCCAUUUCAAAGCCCAACGGUCACAUUACUCAAUUAGCCACAAUCCUGAACAUCCUCGCCACCAUUAAAAUUUCCCAAAUCUCCUUAUACCACCCAAUUUCUCCAAAAUGAAUCUCCCAUAUAUUCAUAUAAAUGUGCUUAUUUGUACUUUUUAAUUAUUUUACUUUUUUAUAAUUAAAAAAUAUUGUAUUUUUAUUGUGAGAUUAGAUAUGAUUAGUAUUGGAGGGAAACCACCGCCAACGCUUAUUACGGCGACGGGGCUCGAUUCCUCAUCGUUGCCGAAGCUAGGGUUCGUCAUCGCGAGCGCACCCAGUGGCGGUUCCGUAAUUAAUUUGAGAUCUAGGGGAUCUUUGCGGAUUAAGGCGGUGGAGGGGUCGAGGAGGAUCAGCUUGAAGGGGAAGGUGGACGAUUCGAAUGACGAGUCGACGAAUGGGCAUGCUGGGAGAAACUUUAGCCAGUUAUCUACCAUUGGGAGCUCAACAAACAUCAAGUGGCAUGAAUGUUCAGUUGGAAAAAUUGAUAGGCAGAACUUACUCAAACAGAAAGGAUGCGUAAUAUGGAUCACGGGUCUCAGCAGUUCAGGGAAGAGCUCUGUGGCAUGUGCUUUGAGUCAGAGCUUGCAUCGGAUGGGUAAGCUGUCUUAUGUUCUUGAUGGGGACAAUGUGAGGCAUGGCCUGAAUCAUGACCUUGGUUUUAAAGCAGAAGAUCGUGCAGAGAACAUACGGAGGGUUGGCGAGGUAGCAAAGCUGUUUGCAGAUGCUGGAGUUAUAUGCAUUGCUAGUUUGAUUUCUCCUUACAGAAGGGAUCGGGAUGCGUGUCGUGCACUAUUACCAGAUGGGGAUUUUAUUGAGGUUUUCAUGGAUGUGCCACUCCAAGUUUGUGAGGCAAGAGACCCAAAGGGCUUAUAUAAGCUUGCACGUGCUGGAAAGAUAAAAGGCUUUACUGGUAUUGAUGAUCCAUAUGAGCCCCCAUUAAAUUGCGAGAUAGUAUUAGAAUAUAAAAUUGGAGGCGGUGCUUCCCCAUGUGAAAUGGCUGAAAAAGUGCUUUCUUUCCUGGAGAAGAAGGGGUACCUACAUGCAUAAUAGCAAGAUGUAGCAAGAUGACACGGUCUGAAAAAUUGCCGUCGGAGCUGUUAAAAUGGGUCCGUAUCGGAGUGAUGGCUAGAGAAUCAAAUGUAAAGGGAUUAAGGAGAAGGAUUUGGAAGAGUUGUUGGACAGAGUCACAAAAGUUGGAGAGGCAGCAGGUUCAAUGGUGAAACACAUGACCAUAUAUCUUCUCACCACCUAGAUAGUGCUUUCACACAAAUCGCUUUGGCCGGUUAAGAUUUGAUAAUUUUGGGAGAGAUUAAGACACCAACCUCUUCUUGGUCGGUUGCUAAUCUAUAUGCAAUUAAUAAAGCUUAUAGCAGCUGGUUUUAUGUCUAUUUCAGAGAAAUAUUACAUGAUUUGGAUGCAACCCUUUAUGGCAAGUUAAGCAAACCUCAAACAAGA